AUGGGGAAUAUUGAGUACAGCUGUCCGGCCACCAAUGAAUGCGAGAUCACCAAAAGGAGACGCAAGUCUUGCCAGGCCUGCCGCUUCAUGAAAUGCCUCAAAGUUGGCAUGCUGAAAGAGGGUGUGCGUCUGGACCGGGUGAGAGGGGGGCGACAGAAGUACAAGCGGAGGUUGGACACAGAGAAUGGGGCCUACCUUGGCCUCACGAUCCCCCCGCCUGCCAAAAAACCAUUGACGAAAAUUGUUUCCCAUUUGCUGGUGGUGGAGCCAGAGAAGAUCUAUGCCAUGCCUGACCCCACCAUGCCCGACGGGGACAUCAAGGCCCUGACCACGCUGUGUGACUUGGCUGAUCGCGAGCUGGUGGUCAUCAUCGGCUGGGCAAAGCAUAUCCCAGGUUUUUCCACUCUCUCGCUGGCAGACCAGAUGAGUCUACUGCAGAGCGCCUGGAUGGAGAUCCUGGUGCUGAGCAUUGUGUUUCGCUCGCUGCCCUGCGAGGAGGAGAUCGUGUACGCAGAGGACUACGUGGUGGAUGAGGAGCAAGCCAGGCUGUCCGGCCUGCUGGACCUGCACGUUGCCAUCCUGCCUCUGGUCCGACGCUACAAGAAGCUGCGCGUGGAAAAGGAGGAGUUUGUCACACUCAAAGCCAUUGCCCUUGCCAACUCAGAUUCCAUGCAUAUAGAGGAUAUCGAGGCGGUGCAAAGGCUGCAGGAUUCUCUCCAUGAGGCUCUGCAGGACUUUGAGGGCUCCCAACACGCGGAGGACCCUCGGCGGGCGGGCAAGCUGCUAAUGACCCUGCCUCUGCUCCGUCAGACCGCCGCCAAGGCCGUUCAGCACUUCUACAGCAUCAAGAUGCAGGGCAAAGUCCCCAUGCACAAACUAUUCCUGGAGAUGUUGGAGGCCAAGGCUUGA